AUGUCCGAUCUCAAGCUGCAGGUGGAGUCAUUCAGUUCAAAAGCAGAAGACGUCAUCGACCGUGUUGGUCAACCACUCAAGCCCUACAUUCCUGCAAUCGGACGCUUCCUCAUUGUUGUUACUUUCCUCGAAGAUGCUCUACGGAUUGCCACCCAGUGGUCUGACCAAAACACGUACAUGCAAGAUUAUCGACACUUUCCACGAGGUAUUAGUCAAAUCUUCCUUGGUCUUAAUGUGAUCGUAAUGUUGGCUGGUUCUGGAUUGGUGAUUGCAAGACGUUAUCAAGAGUAUGCAGUGUAUGGUUUAUUGGGCGUCGUGGUUGCUCAAGCAUUGGGAUAUGGCUUGAUCUUUGAUCUCUCCUUUUUCUUGCGUAACCUAUCGGUGAUUGGAGGUCUUGUCAUGGUUCUCUCGGAUGCAUUGGGUAAAAAGAAGCGUAUGUUUGCAGCAUUGCCACAGCUGUCAGAAAGCAAUCGUCGCACCUAUUUGCAAUUGGCGGGUCGCAUCUUGCUUAUUUUCCUCUUUAUCGGAUCCGCAUUCCAUGGUGAAUGGUCUCUCAUUCGUAUCAUUGUAUCUUUGCUUGGUCUCGCUGCUUGCGUUAUGGUCGCUGUUGGUUUCAAGGCAAAAUACUCAGCAAUGUUCCUGGUUCUCUUCCUUUCAGUAUUCAACAUCCUCAUCAACAACUUUUGGUCCGUUUCCCACAGCCAUUUCAAGAGAGACUUCCUCAAGUACGACUUUUUCCAAACCCUUUCCAUCGUUGGAGGAUUUCUGCUACUCGUCACCAUGGGUCCUGGAGGCUACUCUAUCGAUGAAAAGAAGAAGGAGUUUUAA